AUGAAAUCCUCAAAGAUCCUGAACAGUGACGGAGUCAGAAAACAAAAAAAGAAGUCUAUCGCAUGCCGGAGGUGCCACUCACAUAAAAUAAAAUGCACUGGUGGCCAGCCAUGUCUCAAAUGCCGACAGGCUGGUUGUCCCACAGAAUGCCACUAUGUCAGUCGAGAUCGUCAGGUGAAGGUGCAUGAGAGUUAUCUUGAGGAUUUGGCUGCAGAGAACCAGCGCUUGCGUGAUCAACUAUCCCAGUCACCUAGAUUUCUUACGCCGAGGGAACAUCAAGUUCACGAUGAAGGUGUUGAAGUAUUGUUUGCUCUUUCCGGUGACUCUAACUUACGGCGUUUUUUAGAUGUACCCGAACCAGAUGCAGAUACACAUGUUCGGAAUCCAAUGCUUGGUGAACGGGCAUGGUUCCUACCAUAUGACCCUUCAUUACCACCAAUCCAUGUCUGUGAAGCGGCAUGCACAGCAUUCGCCACCCGGCUCCGAAAGGUUCUCAGCAAAAGUGAGACCACAUCUCACAUGCCGCGGACACAAUAUACGACCGAGGCUACGUUAAUGAAAAUGCGUAAACCGGCGAUUGAAUGGCCGAGCCUGCCACAGGCUCGCCUUUUGAUUCAGAUCGUGUUCAGUCAAGUGACGCGGGUCUACCAUUUGGUUCUUCGCAAAUCGACCGUUGAUCAACUCGAGGAUGCCUAUCGCAAGGGCACCUUUGACGAUCCCGUAAUGACGUGUAAGUUCUUUGCUCUAUUCGCUCUCGGAGAAGUAUAUUCGGCACGAUCAACCCCAAGCCUUGAUUGCAACGUCCCUGGCGCGGCAUAUUAUGUUAGUGCAAUCACCAUGAUACCUAUCCUACCGGAACGACCAAGCCUGGCACAUAUUGAAACCCUUUUACUUUUGUCACUAUAUUCAUUUUUCUUGAACCGACGCCAUUCGGCAUUCUUGUUGGUUGGCAGUGCUAUGCGUUUGGGCUUGACUGUGGGUCUAAAUCACAAUAUUCCAGAAAGCAAGUGUCCAGACCCCGUAGAGCGUGAGCAUCGGACCAGACUAUGGUGGGCAAUUUAUGUAUUUGACCGAAUGUACGGCUCUAAAGUCGGCUGGCCGAUUCAAAUUUCCGACGCCGACAUCUACGUUGAGAUGCCAUCGAAGGUUCCUGGGGAUAUCCACGACGAUCAUGGCUCGGACACCGAAUACCUUGUCGCUAGUAUUGGGUUGGCCAAGAUUACAGGUCAAGUCAUUGACCAUGUGUAUAGCCGAAAGAAGUUUCCAGAGUCUUUCUUGCAGCGCGAGCAAAAGUUGCUCAUUUCUCUCAAGGAGUGGUGUGGUGCUCUUCCUCCGCAGAUUCGGCUCAACCGCGAGGGCCCCGUCCCGAAGAAUGUGAUAUCACUCCGCCUUCAAUUUAACCAGUGCAUAAUGCUAGCCAGUCGGCCGAUCCUUCUGCACACACUGAUCCAAGCCACAUCCCCAAAUACUAUUGAAGAGGGCAGUUCCCAGCCAAACAUCCGCCAGACCCUGAGAACCCUUAGCGAUGCGUGUAUUCACGCAGCAAGACAUACGCACUCCAUGAUCCUGGAAGAGUGGACCAACGGGUCGCUCCCAAUCUUCGGAUAUUUCUAUGCUCACUAUCUUUUUUCCUCGGCCCUGAUCAUGGUCAUUUCCAGUCUAGUGUAUCCCGAGAAUACUAAUGACUUUGCCUUAUUCGAGGCAGCUUUCGAAAUUCUCCGAGGAAUGAGUAGCCACGGGAAUCUUGCUGCGACCGAAUUUUACGACAACUUGGAAUGCGUGAAGCAGUGCUUGGAUGGGAUGAAAGGAGCAGACGGCGGCCAUCUCCAGAGUGAUAUAUCUCGUGUCUUAGAGACCUCGCAUGACCCACUUGCUGUGAUCGCCCCUAAUCAGCUGGGACUCUUGGGGAACCCCACCACCUUUGGUAUUCCGGAAGCUACCGUCCCUGCAAAUCUCUCAAAUGACAUGGCAUUUCUAGGAGAGAGCAUGGAAGAGUUCUUAGCCCAGCCAGGUCUUGAUUUCGACUUGCUGGACCCCUCUCUUGCCGACGGUGUAUAUUCAUGGCCAAACCUUUCUCUAUGGACCACUUGA